UAUAAGUGCGUGUAUGAUACUUUUACUUCUUAUCAUUUUAAGCCAAAAAAGAGAUCCUUGUUGGUUUGACUUUCAGGGAAUUUGUCGACCUGUUGACUGAGUUGUGUUUGCAACGUCAGAUGAUGAGUGUCAUGGCAGCACUGUGUGUGAACAUGUUGAGAACCAACAUGUUACUGAGUAUCCUCAUUCUUUCAGGCGCUCUGGCUGCUUGUCCUGAGGAUUCAGCUUUACUCGUCACUACACCAGAGCAGAUGGAAGCACUGAGUGGAUCUUGUCUCCAAAUCCCAUGUAACUUUAGAGCUAAACCAGAAAAGGCUUUUAAUGGGAGAAGAGCAGUUGCUGGAGUGUGGAUUAAAAGUGACAGUAGACUUUUAAUAGAUCCAAACAAUGUGAUCUUCAACAGUAGUGGAGCAGUUAGCAUCUAUCCAAUGAGAAUUACUGGGAACCUGAGUCAGAGAGACUGCACCACUCUGUUUUCUGAUUUAUCCACCAAGUACACAGACACAUACUUCUUCAGAGUAGAGAGUGAACCAUUCAAGGCGACAGCUUACUGUGAUCAUCUUCAAAUUACAGUUAGAGAUUCUCCUUGGAGGCCCAAUAUUACAAUCUCAGGUGAUCUGAAGGAGAAGGAGUCUGUCACUAUAACCUGCUCAGCUCUCACUCCCUGUCCACACUCCCCUCCUCAACUCACCUGGAAUCUCCAACAAGACUCUCACAACAAAACAGAGAAAAACACAGAUGGAAGCUUUACAACUAAAAUCCAGCAGAACAUCACUCUGUCAGACACACAUGAUGGAAAGAAGAUCAGCUGCUCUGCCAGAUAUCCUGUGAACCAAGGAAAAGACACCAAGACAGCAGAGACAGAAGAAACUCUCAAUGUUUCAUACCCUCCCAGGCUGAUCAGUCCCACUGGUCCUGUAUCAGUGGGCAGCAUGGUGACUCUAACGUGUUCCUGCCAGGCAAACCCUCCUGUUGACAGCUAUGUCUGGUUCAUGACCAGUGGUGAUAAACUGGAGAUGAUCAAAGCUGACACAAAGGUUUACAGCUUUGAGGUGACCAAACUCGAUCGAGACAAAUUGUUUUACUGCAGCUGCGGGAAUCAUCUGGGCAUCCAGAUAUCAGCAGGCAGUCAGCUGCUGUUUGAAGGUGAUGAACACUGGGGGAAAAUGACUGUAAUGAAGACUGUGGGAAUCAUAAUACUUGUCAGCACACUGGUCAUCUUUGAGUGCUGGUUUAGAUCGAGACGUCCCAACAAACCAGAGGCAGAAAGAUAAGCAGAGCUUAUAGUCUAACAACUAAAGUGUCUGCAAGUCUCAUGAGGAAGUAUAACCUAAGGAAGUAAAAACUUAAAACAUCCCUGCAUUUACUGCCACGGUUAGCAAGAAACGAAAGCUUGUACAAGUUUCUAAAAUUCUCUGUUGUUUUAAUGGUAGUACAGAAGAAAGGUGUAAAUACUAGUGUCCUCACCAAAUGUAGAGCACACAGCAUACCGAGCAGCCACAUGAUAGAAAGGCAGUUGUUGCUGGUUUUGAAAAGUGCCACAGUGCAGCAUUUAAAAGCUAAAGAAAUAUAUAUUACCCAAUACUGGGUGGCAGAAUCCUAAUUCCCAAAAAAAGCAUAUCACUGAUGUGUAAAUGCACUUGUUUUUUCUACCAUCAUGAUCAGUUUGAUUCAUCCACAAAACCACAGAAUACACUUUAAGAGUUUCAUGUAACACUUGAAACUCUUAAAGACAAAUUCAUAUAAUAAACAAAAGCACUGAUGAAAACAACUGAUCUAGCCAAUUAUAUAUAUUUAGAAAAAGAUUCAUUACUAUAGCUUUAACAAUAGCAACAGAGAAACAUUAUCACCUUCAUAGUACCAAUGAUGAAUUAAGUAAAUUCCGGACAUUAGCAAACUUAUGGAUAAAGACUGUG